GUUCGCGCCGUGUUUAUGCACGCGCUGGGGGUGAACCGUGCACUACAGGAGCGCGUGCGCGAGUCACGCGCGGAGGCAGACGCGCGGGAAGCACGAACAGAAGCGGCAGUGUUUUUCAAACGGAGAAAAGUAACGGUUGCCAUGGAGACUGCUCUGCUGUUCCUGUGCUCGCUGCUGGUGUAUGUGGCCUCCGAAGAUAUCAGCAACGUCAACGAUAAAGAUAAGGAUAAAGAACUGGACCCCUUCAACUACGACUACAAGACCCUACGAAUCGGGGGGCUGGUGUUCGCUGUGGUCCUCUUCACUCUGGGGAUCCUCCUCAUCGUGAGCAGAAGAUGCCGCUGCAGCUUCAACCAGAAGCCCAGGGUCCCAGGAGAGGAGGAAGCUCAAGCAGAGAACCUCAUCACUUCCAAAGGCGGUGACGACCCCUUCACCUACGAUUAUGCCACACUGUCGACGGGGGGUCUGGUGUUUGCCGGUGUCAUCGUGUGUCUGGCGAUCCUGCUGCUGCUGAUGGUGGGUUUGGGGGCGGGGCUGCAGUGCAGUGGUGGGUUUGGGGGCGGGGCUGCAGUGGCAGUGGUGGGUUUGGGGGCGGGGCUGCAGUGGUGGGUUUGGAGGCAGGGCUGCAGUGGCAGUGGUGGGUUUGGGGGCGGGGCUGCAGUGGCAGUGGUGGGUUUGGGGGCGGGGCUGCAGUGGGAGCCUGCAUCCCCGCACACAGACAGAGACGCACAGACCCUCGCUCACACACACGCGCAGAGACCACCACGCACACGCAGCAUGACUGAAGGAACAUCCGAGCAGCCCCCAGACCCCUUCACUUACGACUAUGAGCUGAUCCGGAAAGGGGGGCUCAUCUUUGCAGCCGUGGCGUUCGUGGUUGGGAUGGGCAUCAUUCUCAGCAAGAAAUUCCGAUGUGGCGGGAAGCGUCAGAGACAGUCAGUGAACACGGAUGAACUUUAGCACCAGGACCGGCACCCCCUGCUGGACAGACAUCUUCAGCACACCCAGAGCAAUUUCCUCGGUCAAGUGGAAUCCUCAGAACCUGAAAUCUGCUUUCAACUGAUUAACUAUUCAAUUGUGCUUUUCACUAAUAAAAUAAUAAAUGAAAUCAAAA